AUGCCGAGAAAUGAUCAUGAGUUUCAGGCUUUUAUCCAGAGAGUCAUAGAGAGUCCGGUGUUUACAAUGGUCAUGAUCAGUACCAUCUCGAUGAAUGCCCUGAUCGUCGUCUUGUGGACCUAUCCUGAAGUCAGAUACCAAUUAUUCAGGAUGUUUGAGAUUGCACAGAUCUUGUUGUUGGCCAACUACUUCCUUGAGUUCUUCAUGAAAGUCUAUGUGAACCCCAUUGGGUACUGGAAGAAAGGCUACAACUUGCUGGAUGUGUUCAUCAUCAUCAUUUGCAUGUUCCCCUAUAGCUUCCGAGUGAUCAAGGGCAUGCAUUACUCCUACCUCAACAUCGUCAAUGGAUUACAGACGUUGUGCAUCCUCAAGCUUAUUGUCUACAGUCGGGCCAUCCGGACACUCAUCACGUCUGUGGGGCAGACAGCCAAAAUCGUGGCCUCAGUGAUCAUCCUCCUCUUCCUCCUGAUGUUCAUCUUCGCCAUCCUGGGCUUCUACCUAUUUGGAACUUCAGAGCUGGGGGACCUGGAUAACUGGGGGAACCUGGCCGUGGCCUUCUUUACUCUCUUCAGCUUGGCCACGGUGGAUGGCUGGACAGACCUGCAGCAGGAGUUAGAUGAGCGGAAUUUUGUGUUCAGUCGGAUCUUCACCGUUACCUUCAUUGUGCUAGCCUCCUUCAUCUUCCUCAGCAUGUUGGUGGGCGUGAUGAUCAUCCACACUGAGGAUUCCAUCAAAAAGUUUGAGCGGGAGCUGAAGCUUGAGCGGCACCAGAACCGCAUAGAGGAGAAGCAGGUGAUUCUCAAGCGGCAGCAGGAGGAGGUCAGCUAUCUGAUGCAAACCCAGCAAAAUAUUAACUACAAAAGCUUCAGUGAUCUGGUGGAGAGCUUCAAAAAGACCCUGAAUCACACAGACCCCAUAGUCUUGGAUGAUUUUGGCACGAGCCUACCCUUCAUCAGCAUCUACUUGUCCACGCUGGAUAACCAGGACACCACUAUCCACAAGCUUCAAGAGCUGUAUUAUGAGAUUGUGCACGUGCUGAACCUGAUGCUGGAAGACAUGCCCCAGAAGCAGGAGUCUCAGUCCUUUGACGAGGCUGGUUGA